AUGUCUCUCCUUCUCAGCCAACCCUCGAAACUCUGUUUUCGAAAACCUGUGUUUGUAAGAUCUUCUUCUCUUCACUCUAAUGGCUUCUCAUCUUCUUCCUCUUUCAUGUACGUUGAUCCUUGUGGUGGAGAUGAUCUCGGAAAACUCGUGAUUAGGAGGGCUGGUGACAUCACUCCUCUGGAAAAGAAGUUGCCUCUUAAGGAAAUGGGAACGAUAGGAUCAUCCAAUGGAUGGCUUGCUACUUUGAAAGACGGCGUGGUGGGUCUCCAAGAGGUCGAUCUAAACCUAAAUACAUCAGAUCCGAAACGCAUUACUCUGCCUCCUCUUGUAACUGUGCCUCAUUGCCAAACCCUAAUCGUCAACAACGUUGUCAUGUCCUCAUCUUCUCCAGAGGAAGAAGACUGUGUUGUGGCUAUCAAGUUCUUGGGGAAUCAGCUCAGCUUUUGCAGACCAGCUCAGAGCAACUCCGAGUGGAUCAACAUCAGAAUUGCACACCCUUGCUUCUCUUCCUCCACCGUCAUGUUCUCCAAGAAAGAUGACAUGUUUCGUAUACCAGGCUCUGGAGGCCACAUCAUUGGAUCUUGGGAUCUCCGCACUCAAAUGAACACAACCAAGUUUCAGAGGUUCCGGUUCAAAAAGAUCCCCAACCUGACCAAGCCCAGCAAAACGCUUCUGGAUUCUUGCUACAAGAGCGAACACUUGGUGGAGUCGAGAGCAACCGGUGAAACUUUCUUGGUUAAGCAGUACAAGAAGACUGCCGAGAUCGUCGACGACGGUAUUGCGAGGAUGAAAACAGAAGCUGUUAUGGUGUUCAAGCUUGACAGUCAAGGAAACGCCGUUUACACUCAAGACAUUGGAGAUCUCUGCAUUUUCCUCACAAAGUUCGAACCUUUCUGUGUCCCUUCUAGCAUUUUUCCCGACUUGUGUCCUAACCACGUCAAGAUCUUGGAUGUCGACGAAACCACAAUUGUUAAUCUGGCUGAUCAAACGUGGAACUGUUACUACAAUAAAAAGAAAAUAGACUAG